CCGUGGGCUGCCCGCGGCGGCGCUGAGGCGCGGGCGGCGCGGCGGGAGCGGCGGCGGCCGGAGCGGGCCAGGAGCGCUGCGAGCCGGGGAGAUGUCCGCCCCGUACGGCAGCCUGGUGCGGUACCUGUUCCCAGCCCUGCUGCUGCACGGGCUGGGAGAAGGUUCUGCUCUUCUUCACCCAGACAGCAGGACCCACCCUCGGUCCUUGGAGAAGAGUGCCUGGAGGGCUUUCAAGGAGUCACAGUGCCAUCAUAUGCUGAAACACCUUCACAAUGGAGCCCGGAUCACUGUACAGAUGCCUCCCAACAUCGAGGGCCACUGGGUCUCUACUGGCUGCGAAGUUAGAGCAGGCCCAGAGUUCAUCACAAGAUCAUACAGGUUCUACCACAACAACACGUUCAAGGCCUAUCAGUUCUAUUACGGCGGCAAUCGCUGCACGAACCCCAUCUACACCUUAGUCAUACGAGGCAAAAUCCGUCUCCGGCAGGCGUCCUGGAUCAUCCGGGGGGGCACCGAGGCCGACUAUCAGCUCCGCAACAUACAGAUCAUAUGCCACAAUGAAGCAGUAGCCAAAAAAUUAAGUGAGUUGGUGAACCAGACGUGUCCUGGAUUUAUCCCAGCAGAUAGUCCCUGGGAGCAGGAUGUGAGCUAUGAUUUACUGAGAGAAGAGAACGGCUGUGAAUGCACCAAAGCUCUGAAUUUUGCCAUGCAUGAACUCCAGCUCAUCCGUGUGGAGAAGCAGUACCUGCACCACAAUUUUGACCACCUUGUGGAGGAGCUAUUCCUCGGAGACAUUCACACUGAUGCUACUCAGAGGAGGUACUAUCGGCCCUCUAGUUACCAACCUCCUCUUCAAAAUGCCAAGAACCACGAGCGCAUGUGCAUCCCGUGCAGGAUCAUCUACCGCUCAGAUGAGCACCACCCACCCAUCCUGGCCCCCAAGGCAGACCUGACCAUCGGGCUGCAUGGAGAGUGGGUGAGCCAGCGCUGUGAGGUGCGGCCAGAGGUGCUCUUCCUGACUCGGCACUUCAUCUUCCACGACAACAACAACACCUGGGAGGGACACUACUACCACUACUCCGACCCCAUCUGCAAGCACCCCACCUUCACCAUCUAUGCCAAGGGACGCUACAGCCGGGGAGUGCACUCGUCCAAAGUCAUGGGUGGCACAGAGUUUGUGUUCAAAGUGAAUCACAUGAAGGUCACUCCCAUGGAUAUAGCCACAGCCUCGCUGCUCAACGUCUUCAAUGGGAAUGAAUGUGGAGCACAGGGAUCCUGGCAGGUUGGGGUUCAGCAGGACGUCACCCACACAAACGGCUGCAUCGCGCUCGGCAUCCGCCUACCUCACACCGAGUACGAAAUCUUCAAGAUGGAGCAGGAUGCCUGGGGCAGGUACCUGCUGUACAAUGGCCAGAGACCGAGUGAUGGCUCCAGCCCUGACCGACCCGAGAAAAGAGCCACUUCCUACCAGAUGCCUUUAAUUCAGUGCACCUCAUCAGUACCCAGAUCUGAAGAGUCACCCGAGGAGAAUAAAAUCAGGCUGUAUAGCAGCAGGGCACCGGAAAAAUAUCCCAGCACCCCAGCUCUUGCUUUGUUGUUUAUUUGUACUGUGUCAUAUUGGGAUAUUCUCAGCUAGAAGCGAGAAAAACUUAUUUUUCAUGACUACAAAGCCAGGAUUCCUCCAGACUGGGGGUUGUUUUUCUUCAGACAGAAAAGGACAUUUAUUUUCUUGAUGCACUUGAAUGCCUGAGAACUGUUGUUCUUUUCCUUACUUCCCUCUUCCUUCUCAAAUCCCGAACGGCACUCGUUUGAUGUUUGUGCUUUGAACUUCAUCCAGUCUGAUCCCUGGCCUGACACGACUGCACAAAAGUAAUUGCACUUUAGGACUGCAGACUUCUGGGGGGAGGGAGGGGGUCUCCUUUUAUUUUUUUUUUUUUAACUGCUGGGAUGAACUCUAUGAUUCUGCUUCAGUCAUCUCUGCCAUCAUACUGUUGUGGUACUCUUAUCCCCAAUGCCUGAUUUCUCAUCAGAAUUUAGCUCUGCGGAAGGGCUCGGUGUUAUGCCAGUACUGUGAUAGCAGCUUCCCCCUCUGACUUCACAGCUCUGAUGUAGAUAUGUAUAUAAGGAGGAAACCCACAAAGAUUUAUCUUGCCAUUAUCUCACACCUCAUAAUACAGAAAGAAUCAGCAAAUCAACAGCCCUCUGUUCAAAAAUUGCUAAAUGGUUGAUACCCCUAAUUAAAAAAAAAAAAAAUCCAAGUAAUUUAAGCUAUUUUUACAAUAAUUAAGUUGUAAAAAUAACCAGUGGUUUAGUAUUUUCUCAUUCAAUUAACUUAGCUGUGUAAUUGCUUCGAGGCCUCCCUUUUUAUCUAGAGAGUAGUUACAACUAAGCCCCCUCAAAGCCAGCCAGCAGCAGCAAUUUUCCUGUCAGAUGCACAGAGUGCAGGUAAGCUGCCAACACAAGGCUGCAGGAAAGACUUCUCUUUCCAUAUUCCUGAGGCCUUACAUACUCCACGUGCAGUACUUGGAUCAGCUGGGUGAGCAGAGUAAAGCAAACAGGAUCUUAUGUGUUCUGCAGCCCUAUUUAGCAGCAUCUUUUUAGUCACGUGAGCUCGUGUAAGAGCAGGGAAAAGGGUUACAGCAGCAAGCACACCGUGGUCCCUGGUAGAGCAAGAGGGUAGCUGGAAACAUACCCUCAGGUGGAGGAACACCGGCCCAGUCUUACAGAGGGAGGAGCAAGAGAGGCACUAAUGCAACCACAUCCUUCCUUUUCUCCUUGCUUGGUUUGGGGAGACACUGCUGGGAAGGUGGAUAGACACAGCCCUCAAAGAGCAUUUGUCAACUAGAGCCUGCCCUGGAAACUCUCAGGUUUCCCUCAGUGGUGAAUGCAUCCUUUUGUGCACUGAUGCAAAUCAGAGCAGACUCUUGAAGCAGUAGGGGAGAUGUUUAAGGCCAGCAAGGAGUUAGAAGUUCAUAGAUGAGCCAUGCUCCCCUGCUUUAAAGGGGAGUGAUCUGAGGGCAUUAGCUUAAUCUUGUGUUUGGGCUGUGGCUUUUACUGAUGUACACAUUUUGUCUCAGAGGAGGAGCAUGAACACCUAUAAGAAACAUGAGAAAAGUUGUGGCGUUUCUUCACAGCAUAAGCAGCUGCUAGCUGCCCAGCCCAGUACUGUGUCAGAAAAAUAACCUUUAAUGUAUUCUUUUCAGUAUCCUAGAAAAAGUAUGUUUUGAAUGAAAAUCUUUCAACUUUACAUAGUGAGUCUUCAUACUGUCUACUAUAGCAAAAGCAUUCCUUGAAAACAUGGAUGUGAAUUUCCUCACAGUUGAAACAGAGGAACAGACUUCACCUAGUUUUGAGACAGCAGGAAGACAGAGGGAAGGAGCAGUAUCAUAGAUAGAUGCGCUGCUGAGUCAGACCACAUCUUUCAUAUUUUUUCCUCAGACAAAUGAAAAGUCAGAGAAAACUGUUACUUAAGAGUCAGGAAUGGAGCUCAGGUUGGCUCAGUAGUCACCAGAGAAAGUGUUUAUCCAUCCAUCUGAUGUCAGAUCUUCCUUCAGCCUGUUGGAAGGAUCUGAAAGCCAACUCACUGCAGUGAAUUGAGCCCUAUGAAAAACAGCUGUUCUGAUCAGCAUUUCUUGACGGUUUUUUGCUCCAGGCAGUCAAAUCUACUUGAAGAGCCAGCUCUGGAACAGUUGGUGGUGAAGGGCACAGUUUUAACUAGAGAGUCAAGGAGGAGAUAGGAUGCCUCUGACAGAGUAGUUACAAACCAGCAUGGAGAUUGGUUUUCUCUAGAUUGAAUUUUGUAGUCAGCAGAGUGAUACUAGCAUAUCUCUAACUGGGUUACUGAACAGUUAAAGUCAAACAAGUCCCCUAAGUACCUGCUUCAUUUCUGACUUCUAUUUGAGAUCUAGUAGCAGUAUACACUAGUUUUUAUUAAAAAGUAUGGGUACUGCGUGGCAUUCCUUAUAUAACACAAGACAAGCUGCUUUUACCACCAUCAACCAUUCCCAUGUGGUCCUAUCUCUGAAAAAAAUAUCCGUGGUUAGAAGUUGUCAGACUCCGUCACUUUCCUGUGCAAGUGCCACACACAGCUCAAUCCCAGCUGACAUCUGCACAUGCUUGUGAUGCAGGAUGAAAGCAAAGGCCAAAAGAGCUGUUCCACAGCAUGAUUUCUAUACUCAUUGGAGCAACCAUCUACAGUUUGUUAGUGCCUUGUGGCUCCUCUCUCAAUUGUCUAAUGUCAAAAAUAUUGCAACAGUUUCAAGAGAAAGAUCUGUCUAGUUAUAACCUCUAAAAGCACAUUCAUGUCUCAGCUGUUUUGAAUCACAGACAUGCAAAGGUCUAGGUUUUCCAAGGUUUAUGGUUAGAUUACAUGAAAAUGUGACUCACUGUACAAAUUGUACAAUAAAUGCUCUUUUUUCCCCUGUUAUUUAAAGACACUUAAUAAGGAAGUAUUUUUAAAAGGUCUUCACAAUGCAUUACAUGAAAUCUGAUGGGGACUUCUGUAGCUUAUUUGUAGUGUUGACCAGAAACACAAUUUUAUGAUCUGGGCUCUUAGCAUUUGCUGCACCAGCUUACCUCCACAUGCCUGUAUAUUUUUAAUUUUUCUUUUAGCCAAUACAAGUCAAGUUGGACAAAGCUGUAAGUCUUCAGAGUGCAUCAUUUAUGGGCUAGUCUGUAUGCUCUGUGAGGCUUCUCCUUGCUUGCAGGCACAGAACGAGGAGCUAAGCUUACCCCCUUUUGGUUUCAUCACUCACUAAAUUAACUGCUGCACAGCACCACAGACAUAUGUGACACAAUAUAUUCCAUUCAUUUUAUUUCUCCAACCUGACCUCAUGUGCUGGCAGCCCUGGCUGCUAAAGAAGUUAAGCUGCGAGUGGGUUAGCAGUGGAAGACAUGCAAGCUGGGUGAUUUGCCCCUUGCUGAAAUGAAGUUUAAAAAAAAAAAUUAAUCCAUUAAUGUUAGUAUCUUCAGCUGCAACCAGUGUUGCCAAGACAGGUGAAAGCUUUUCUCUCAGUAGUAUCCUACACAAGGAUCCACCUGACAGAAGAAAUGAAACUAAAAUUCUUGGGCAAAUUGUUUUAAGAGGCUCUAUUCAAGAAAUAGGACAAAAGGGAUCACAAAAGUCAAAACAAGUGUUCUUACUCUGUUUGUAUACUAUUUACAUAUUGUGCCUGCUGUCCUGGGGUAGAAUGUCAUUUCUGAGAACAGAAGUCUGUAUUUUAGGAUAUAAUGUCAGUCUUGCUUGAGUCGGAGUGUGCUUGCCUAAAGUGCCGGAUUUUAAAAGAAAAAAAAAAUCUUUUUAUUUUUGUAAAGUUAUAGAAGAUAUUUUUCUUCUCAACUAUGUUCCAGAUUAAACUGCUGGGGAAGUUUAAGCACUUGUUAAACUAUUGAUUGAAAUAAAAAAAAAAGCCUAACUGUAAAA